CCAGUCAUGUGACGACGCGUGACGCGCCAGCUAGGGGCUGUUGCAGAGUCGCCAGUCCGAUACAGCGAAUUGUCGGCAGCAGGCGGCUACCGGAUAACCGGAGACCGAAGAAAUAACGGGAAUUUCCAUGAAACUGUGAAACAAAGGUAUACUCCAGUUUCCUCCGAUCCUAAAGACAUUCAAGAAUUCAAAGGUCUGUCGUAUGUACAGCAUACGGACUGGUGAUCAUCCUACAGAACCAUGUCCCAGAACAAGAGUGGUUACCCCAUUGCAGGGGAGGACAAUCCCCUUCAUAACUCUGUCUUUGGCCAGCCCAACCCUGCUGGAUUUGCAAUGCCCCCUCCCAACUACUCACAGAACCCAGGAGGGCCCCCGUUCCCCCAGCCUGGUGCUUUUGGGCAGCCCAACUUUGCCCAGGGAAUGCCUGGAUUUGGACAAGCGCCCUAUCCGCAAAUGCCCUACCCUCAGGCCCCUCAGGGUCCAUACCCUCAAGGACCUUACCCUCAGGGUCCUUACCCUCAGGCAGGAUUUCCUCAGACAGGGUAUCCUUAUCAGCAGGGUCCUCCUCAACCUGGUUACGGAGUGGACCCCAAUGAUCCCCUGAAUAGUCCAGGUUACCAUGGUGAUGUUCCACCAUCUUACUAUGACAACGAGGACUUCACUGACUCUAAAUGGGAGGAUAAGUCCAUCCGGCAGGCUUUCAUCCGCAAGGUCUUCUUGGUGCUGACUGUUCAGCUGAUUGUGACCUUCUCCUUCGUGGCAGUUUUCACUUUUGUGGACGAUGUCAAGAUGUUCGUGCGCGCAAACAGCUGGACCUACUAUGUGUCCUACGGCGUCUUCUUUGUGUCCCUCAUUGUGCUCAGCUGCUGUGGGGAGUUCCGCCGCAAGCACCCCUGGAACUUGGUUGCUUUGGUAUGGUCCGAAACGUCUGUAUUCGCUUCUGUUACUGAUGGGUGGGAUUCUGGCGUGUAUUUCUCUGAUAUUCGAGGCUGUGAGUGUGUACGGCUGACUGCCGUCUGUGUCCCCCACCCACAGUCCAUCCUCACGUUGAGCCUGUCCUACAUGGUGGGCAUGAUCGCCAGCUUCUACAACACGGACUCCGUCAUCAUGGCCGUGGGCAUCACCGUGGUCGUGUGCUUCACUGUGGUGCUGUUUUCGCUGCAGACCAAGUAUGACUUCACUUCCUGCCGGGGCGUGCUCUUCGUGUGCCUCAUCGUCCUCAUGAUCUUCUCCAUCCUCUGCAUCUUCAUCCGCCACAAGAUCCUGCACAUUGUCUACGCCUCGCUGGGGGCCCUGCUCUUCACCUGCUUCUUGGCUGUGGAUACCCAGCUUCUCCUGGGCAACAAGAAGCUGGCUCUGAGUCCGGAGGAGUACAUCUUCGCUGCCCUUAGCCUCUACACUGACAUCAUCAACAUCUUCCUGUAUAUCCUGGCCAUAAUGGGUCGCACCCGUGAGUGACGCACCCCUAUCCCCCCUACACAUCCUUCCUGGCGGAGCAAAGAGGAGGCCCAAGCAACUGAAUGUCAACGUCUUUCAUAGUCUGCUUCUUUGGCAUCCUUUUGACCCCACUCCCCACUUAACUUUGAACCCUCAUUUGGGCUACAGGCAUAUUGGCACUAAAUUCUGAUGUCCGAAUAACAGCUCGCUAUCAUGCACGUUCCUUGUCAGGGUGAUUUGAAUGGGUCAGUCUGUGUUUUUUUUUUCCCUCUUAAAAGCCUAGUUUUGAGAUUGGCACAGCUAGACCUUUUGAUUCUCAGUUUAUAUGAAGCCCUAAGCCGGCCAGUAUUUAUCAUAGGAAAGAAUAGAAAGUGGGGCCCCUGUAUCGACUUGGUCUCUGCUUCCUGGAAUGGUCCUUUUUCUGUAGGUGUCCUGGGUCUCCUCUGCGCCACCACACACUUAAAAAUGCUGUUCAUGACAAUUUGACACAGCUGAAAUGGCUAGGAGGACAGCCCUGACCAGAUAGACACUUUGCCCUCCUCCAGUGGUCACCUCUGCUUUAAACUGUAGCUGUAAAUGCACAGGCGUAUGCAAUGCUCUGUCCCUCAUGCCCUGCGGAUAAGUUUAACCGAAUAAUGCACUGGGUCGAGCCAAAUUGUGGGAAGACACACAAACAUGCAACUUCACUGCGUUUAUCUAUCUUUAAAGAGGAAAAGGGGACGUUUUCUUUUCUUUGCAAAAAGGAACAUUAAAAAUCCUGUAUGUAUACAUUGAAACGUUUUUUUGUUUAGUUUUACAAUAAGUCGUCUAGUGUGAAAUGUGAAAAUUACUUGGUUUGUUUUAGUACAGUUUGUGAGGUGAUUUAUAUCACUUGCCUAUGUGUAAACAAUGGAACAGUACCUGCUUAACUAAUCGUACCGCCCCUUCUGUUUAUUGAUCAUACCAUAAACUUCGGAGCUACUUUGGAUUAAAACCAGUAGUACCUUCAGAAGGGGCUUGUCACAUUUCUGGCAUUCUGAAGCAUGCUGUGUGUUGCUGGGAUUAGUGCCGGUCUGAAUGCUCUCAACACUGACCUGUAACCCUUCUAAAUGCAGAUGGAUAUGAAGUGUUUAUUUCUCCUCCCCCACCAUUUCCACCUGCAUGCAUGCUCUCUAACGCCCCCCAGGUUCGGCAUGUGCACGCAGCACAGUCUUACUGCUAGAGCAUUCAGUGAACAAACCAACUUACAGAAUAAUGCAUUGUGUAGCAGUCCCUGUGUUUAUUUCAAUACCUCCGAUUUUAUUUUUUUUUAACUGUAUUUAACCAUCUAUAAAUAACUUUAAUGUUAUGACGUGUAUAGAAUAUUUACCUUUGUAGUUCUGUUUGCACUGUAAAUUUGCAUUACUCAGAUGGAAUUGUAUUACUCUACUGCUGUUCGCUUUUCAUUAAAACUUAAAAAUAAAACUGUUAAUGUUGA